UGUGCGUCAGAACACGUUGCAAGGGACAGCAAUAACAGCACGUUCAGUCAGCGGCAUCCUCCCAUUUAAGCCAUGCAAAUGAAAAGACAAAAUGCUCCGGGACUGGCAUGGCCUAGAACAUAAGCUGUUCCUAGAGCCCUCGCCUUCCUCCUUCCUAUGAUUUAUCACUGACAUCUUCGGUACAUUGCAGCACAGUCGCCAGAUCUCAGGGAAUCAUUGAGUGUUAGCACUGACACGCCCCUGAGUGAACCGUACCAGCAUGCCGGAGCAGAGCAAUGACUACCGUGUGGUGGUGUUCGGGGCUGGGGGCGUGGGCAAGAGCUCCCUGGUCCUGCGCUUCGUGAAAGGGACCUUCAGGGACACCUACAUCCCCACUGUGGAGGACACCUACCGGCAGGUGAUCAGCUGUGACAAGAGCGUGUGUACACUAGAGAUAACCGACACCACGGGCAGCCACCAGUUCCCGGCCAUGCAGCGCCUGUCUAUCUCCAAGGGCCACGCCUUCAUCCUGGUGUACUCCAUCACCAGCCGGCAGUCCCUGGAGGAGCUCAAGCCCAUCUACCAGCAGGUGCUGGCCAUCAAGGGCAACGUGGAGGGCAUCCCCAUUAUGCUGGUGGGAAACAAGAGCGAUGAGACCCAGAGGGAGGUGGAGACCAAGGAAGGCGAGGCCCAGGCCAACAACUGGAAGUGUGCCUUCAUGGAAACCUCGGCCAAAACCAACCACAAUGUCACCGAGCUCUUCCAGGAGCUGCUCAACCUAGACAAGAAGCGUGACAUGAGCCUCAACAUGCGCUCCAGCAAGCAGCGGAGGGCCGAUAAGCUGAAGGCCAAGUGCAGUGUGAUGUAGAGGUCGAAAGGGUUGGAGUGGCAGUGUAGAACGGGCACUGGAUAGGGGUGUCAAUCUCAGGUCCCGGAGGGCCACAGCACUGCAGAGAUUAGUGUUCUCUCUUCUGAAGGCCAGUACAAGCAUACUUUAUUACUUUAUUUUGAAAAGCGUGACUGACCACACUUUUCAAUAUAAAGGUUCCUAAAUAGUUCUUGGCUUGGACGUAUAGUUCUGGGAAAAACUUUGCAAGUAUCAUGCAGUUUUCUUGUGUUUAAUUUUAGGUAUGCUUAUAACAUUUGUGUGGGUUUAUGCACAAAAAUUAAUCAGUUGUCAGCUUGAAUGAAUCUGCUGUAGGCUUAAUAGGUGGCUGUACAUUGGGGUCGAAAAGUCUGGGACCACUAGUGAAAAUGCUUUUGCAUUCUUUUAUAAUUUACCUAUACAACUAUAUAUUGACAUAUACAACUUUUUAAUUGUACAUUAAAUUUUAAGCAAGCCAAUUUGAGUUGAUCAUAGGAUCUUUGAAAUUUUAAUAUGAUUUUUAGAAUUUAUUAGAAUGUAUGCCCCAUUUUUGCUUUAAUGACAGCAUACACUUGAACUAUAAAAGCCUCUGAUAAGCAGGUCAUGUUCACUUGAGAGUGAUUUGAAGAUGUGCUUCAGUGGAACAGAUAAAAUAUCUGACAUUUUUGUACAAAGGCCUUAACGUGGUUAUUUUCAUAAAUUUAACCUAAAAUAGUGCAGAUAUUUUCUUUGUUUUAAAAUUUUCAAAAAUCAGAAACUUUCUAUUGUUUAUAUCCAGGCUUAAAUUAAAUAAAGCCCAGAUUUUUUUCCAUUGUAUUUAAAUGUUUUGUUUUUUGUAACAUUUAAAUGUUUUGUUUUUUGCCACUUAGUUUCCAUAAAUGGACCUUACAGACUUGAGAGUGAAUGAUGUGUUUUGAAACAUUUACAUUGUUGAUCAAACUGAGGGAAAUUUGAACUUCUGUGAUAUGGACCCUUUAAUUGACAUUAAAGAACCAAAAAGGUUUUUUAAAGAUUCUUUAGGAAGCCAAAAGUGGUUCUACUGUCUUCGCUCCAAACAACCCUUUUGGCAGUUUUAUUCUUAGAAGUGCAGAUACAUCUUUUACCUUUUUUAUGUACUGUCAUGAUGAAAACUAGGCCUUUUACUGGAUCCCAGCAGGAAUAAAACAUUUUAACUAGAAAACUGUUUAAAGCUGCACUAUGUAAGAUGAUUGUUUGUUGUCGGAUAAUCAGGUCAGAUAGAUAGAUAGAUAGAUAGAUAGAUAGAUAGAUAGAUAGAUAGAUAGAUAGAUAGAUAGAUAGAUAGAUAGAUAGAUAGAACUUCAUAUUAACGUCACACACGCAAGCUCAAAAGAAUAUCGGGUUCGAUGUUUAGGUCUCAAAUGCAAAAUCAGCAUUAUGCUGAUGAAGAUAUGAACACAAUGGCAGGUAAUUCAUUUACAUACCAAGAAGACAUGUCCUUCACCAAGUUCUCUUUGAAUACUCAACAAACUCCUUCACAGUCAUCAGAUUCAUCCGCUUGGGGAAGGGGUCAGAAGCACAGCCCAUGUUACAAUAUGUUCUUCCGCACACUGAGUGCUAUUAGGUAUCCAAGUCCAUAAAACAUACAUAGUGCAGCUUUAUUAGAAAGAGCUGUCUGAAGUGCUUGCAGAACUGAACUGAUUCGGUACUACCAUGGACAGAUGGAUUGAUGAAGGCUGCUGUGCUUACAGACAUGGACAUAAUGUGUUUGAAUUUCAAGAAAAGCUCUGAAUUCCACUCAUGAAGACCAUUGUAAUGAGUGGACAUUAAGUGGGGUAGAAUGCUAAGCUCUGCAGUGCUGUGACCCUCUAGGAGUGGACUUGGACACCCCUGGCGUAAGAAAACAGCUUCAGCAAUGAUAUAACUGAUUGAAAAUGUACAAAAAGUCCCUCAUCACAUCUAUUACCCUACUCCUUUUGGAUCUGAAUCAGGUAUUCUUCGGUGCAUAGUCAACCAACCAACUCUUUUUCUCUAUAUCUUUUAUUUCGCUCCUGUAAUGACCACCAGAAUCCAUCGGGGGAAGUCUUGAGCUCCGACUCCAACCCACCCCUUCUAGCAUUUUACUGAGUUGACAUUGACAUCUCAAGUAUUAAACUGUCGUUCUCCCUUCUCAUGCCACCUGCUCGUGCACAGCUUUUGUUAUCAGUCCAUAACAAAAGAAAAAAAUAUCUGUUAUCAUCGUGGUCAUUUCAAGAGCUGUGUUUUGUAACGGAUUUCAUUGAUAACCCGGAUAAGAAUAUGUCUUGAACUGGUUAUGCACUUUAUCGUAUUCUCAGUGGGCAGAAAAGACCAAGAGGCGUCAGCAUUAUCCCGCUCUUCCAAAUGCAGACAUGAUAAACAGCACAACAGCACGAAAGAUUUGGGACCACAGACAUUUCUUUAUUGGCUGGCUUGCUAAUAGUACGAACUGGUUCAAACAAAACACUGCGUGAAUAGUGAAUGAUGCAUAUUUGACAAUGUAGAACUAACUUCCGAUUCAUUGUGAUUUAGAUUUGUCAUCAAGUACAGAGCUUUACCUAAACAAAGCACAGCAAAGCAGUUUUAAACGUCCAUCUUUUCUGAAAGCUUUUUUUUUCCCAUUCCUCUCCCUCUGGCCCCCCACCCCGAAGUUGGUGGCACACAAAAAACCUGAAAAUAUGCAUUAAUCAUCUUAACGGAUAACAUUUAACUUGUGCGUGGAAACUAAAUGUGUAUUACUAUCAUUUGUAUUGAAUACCCUUGUACAGUUCAUGUUUUUUUCUUUAUCCAAUGUGUAUAUUUCCUCCAACUAUUUAAUGCCAUUGCUUUAGCAAUACAUUAUAUAAAAGCACUUUUAGAAAUCUUGAGCACAUUCAAAACAUUGAAAAUGAACCUUUACGAAAACGUUUUUGUCAAACACUCUGCGUUUACAAUUUUAAAGCAGGUACAGUGUUUAUCUAAUAAUAUUAUGUGAAAGACCAGAGGAAAAAAAAAUAAAGAAGCACAAACAUAUGGUGUACAACAACUAUUUGCCUUGUUCU